GCGAUGAGGUCAACAUUAAGAAAGAGCACAAUGCAUGUUUCAGUCAACAGUGCAGCAGAAAAACGAUCGUUUUUCAUUGACCAUUAUAUAUUAUUAGCUAUAGUGUCGUCGUUUAUUAUUCAAGAAUGGUAUCAAUAUUGGCAUCAUUCUAUAGCCACGGCUCUGCUCUACAUAAAUCUUUCUUUGCUGAAUGACGAACAUAGUCAGUUUAUUUGAAAAGGAAGGAAGAAGAGGGCACUGUCGCAACUGACACGAACCAACUGCAUGCUUCAGAUUCGAU